AUGUCUGUGUUGCUACUGUUCAAACUGUCGUCUAUACUACUGGCCACCACUUCAGGGAAAUGGCGUUACGCCAUUUUGUUUUUUGACUGCAUAUUUGUUGUUGGGGCGUACUUCUCUAUAGACCUACCGAGUUCCUUACAAGUAGAGUUUGUGUUGGAUGAGCAAAUGCGUUGCCAUGCAAAUGAAAGCAUGAUAACCAGUUCGUGCUGCAAUAUAUGCCUUGGCUUGGGCUCGAGACGUUACAACUUAUUCCACGCUUUGCUCUAUUGGACAUCCUCCGUCUUAUCCCUGUUUUCUGGAUGGGCCAUCGACAGAAUAGGCAAUAGAGUGUCCGCAGUGUUGUUCAUCAUUUUGACCUCUCUUGGAUGUAAUCUGUUUGCUAUUGCUGGAAGUCCACUCCUUCGAAACACUUCGAUAAUGUUCCCCUUAAUGCUAUUUGGGCGGAUGCUGCUUGGAUUUGGAAAUGGACCAUUGCGAAUUGUCCAGGACCGAGUGGUAUCUCAUUGGUUCGCCGGUGAUUCCUUCGUACCUCUUAGUUUUAUCACAUUAACACGACGGGGUGGAGCACUGCUGAAUUUCCUAACGACGGCCAACAUAUCCGUUCAUUUCAGCUUCACUUGGUCGCUUUGGGUCGGGGCAAUUAUUUGUUCAUCCGGUAUCGUCGCUGCAUUAGUGAUGGGCUUCUUGGACUUUCAUGGUACAAAACAACUCGACGCCGAGUCUAAAAUCCGCCUGGCGAGUCGUGCUAUUAAAAUAUCUGACAUUACCAACAUCCCAAAGACAUUCUGGAUUCACGUGGCGAUGAUUACAUUUCAUAGCGGGACAUUCGUCGUUUUCGUUGCUAAUGGAUCAGAGUACAUCCAGUUAAGGUAUGGGUAUAGUAAAGUGUUUGCAUCCUAUGUGACCGGCGCAACAUACAUAGGACCCGUGUUUCUUGGACCCUUCGUAGCAUUAUUACUGAAAAAGAUAGAUUGCAAUGGUCUAGUAGCCAUGACCAUCACAACGUUUUGUAUUCCUGUAUAUCUACUGCUUGCCUAUUGCCCAGCAAUACCCCCAGUCAUACUGACCGUGAUCAUUGGUGUGGUAUACUCUUUUGAUGUUAUCAUUAUGUGGAAGGUAACUAUCGACAUGCUACCCCAAGCUGUUUUUGGGACUGCAGCGGGUAUAGCCAUGUUUGCAAUGCGACUCAUUAUUGGUCUUAUGAACUUAGCUGUGGGUUCUAUCAUAGAGAGUACGCGUGAACACUAUCGACAAGAAGAUAUCUACGCCUACCAGAAUGCUCUUUUGCUUAUGACGGCUACAUCCAUAAUGUCGGUAUUAUGUGGGAUAUUGCUCAAUAUACUGGAUAUACGAAAUGGUGAUGGUGUCAACAAACGUUUUGUCAAGAUUAAGCCUGUGGAAAUAUCUGAUACAACAGAGCUCGUUGGCAAUGACAACCUAAACAAGCAAUACAGUCGUAACAUUGAAAACUAAUAUUGUAAAAAUGUGUAUUUGUAUUAUACAUUCCAUACAACAUUUGUUAUAAAACGUCAAAAACUAAGUAUUAAGUGUUCAUAAGAAUAACAUAUUCAAGUGAUAUUAUCGUUUAUCAAUAUGUUAAAGAUAAAAUCUGAGUAUGUAUGCUGGAAACAAUGUAAUACGAUAUGUAAUUUCCGUUAUUCAAGUGGUUUUUUAAAAAAUAUAUUCUGUUAACAUUGCUUGACUAGCAGUUAAUCCAAUGUAAGAAUCGUCUGAAGUAAGCGAGAAAGGUUUUGCAGAGUGUGCACGUUGCGAUGACGGCGCCACUUUGUGAAUGUUUUGACGAUUGUGACCUCUUUAACUGAACGGGGCGGGGCUACUUUAUUGUGCAUUCCGUUGUGUAUUUAAAGUGUAUUUGUAAUAUUCGAUCGUUGAAAGUAUUGGAUUUUGGAUCAUUACGAAAGAGUUGUAGAUGCAAAUAAUAUGAAAUAUAAGCAUUUAAAUGUGAACUUAAUACGUAUUUCUCAUUCGAGAGUCAAUGAAGGUCGGAGUACGCCGGGAACGUAUGUUGCGUAUGUUGAUGUUAGCGUUAUUAGAUAGCCGUAGGGAUUCAGUUGGAAGAUGGGAAUAGGUUGCAAUCUAUAGGAUAUUGUUGGGUUUUGUUACGCUGCUGUCAUCUACUACACCUUUGGAUCGUUUAAUAACCGUUAUAGCUGUCAGUAUGCCGAUAGGUUAAAGGGAAACAACUGGUAGGUUAGGAUGGGAAUGAGCAGGUUGUUUAAUUAAUGUUUUAUAGGGUAUUAAAUAGCGUUUGGUGAUUUUUCAAUAAUUAUAAUAUUAUAGGGAUUAGUGAUGACAAUACUUUUUUUCGCUCCGUCUAUACGGCAUAGAGUUGGUAUUUUAUAUAGGUCAUAAUUGCAAUAGUAUUACUAUUCGAUCAAUACUUCAGUAAGGUCAAGUGGUCUAGUGGUCAAGUGAAAGUCUACUUUAUUGUUAAUUUAUUUAUGAGAGCUUUUGGUCCGGGUCUGGAUAAGUGUUGAAUUAUGAAUUUGUCAUUUUAUUAUAUCUACUUGCUGAGUUUAAUAAAUAAAGUGUAACCGUAAAGGUGUGCGCAACUUAA